AGAGCGCGGCCCCAGUCGACUGCGGGCUGCCUCCCGUGCGGCUGGGACGUUCGCGCUCCGUGCAGGGAAGUGGGUGCUGCAGACGUGGGCACCGCGCACGCGUGGGGAGCGGCCCCCGGGGAGCCCGCGCCGGCAGGACUGAGGCCUAGCGCCGCGUGGCGACAGGUGUUCUGGGGCAUCCCUGUCACGUGACCGGGGAGCCCGGCGCGCCCAGCACCUGGAGGGGGCGGGGCUCGUGCAGGCCACACCUCCUCCGGUCCAGGACCUGAGGACGGGGGCGUGGCCAAAGAGGCGUACCUCGAGGGUCUCAGCUGGGGAGGGCCCGGGAAGGGUGCUGGGCACCCUCAAAUUAGGGGAGGAAUGGGGGAACACCCGCCCUCGUACUACUAUGGCAAUAAGAAAGAGGGUGGCGCCCCUGGGAACCGAGGCCCUGGAGGAGAUGGAGGCGUUAGGGAUGCCUGGGGGGAGCCCCAGAUUCGAGCUUGAAAGGAUGAAGGCAGGCAAAUGAGCUCAGAGGGCCUUGGGGUGUGGUCCUGGCCCGACUUCAGAUUGCGGUGGGAGAACCCCUGCCCCUCUCUCGGUCCCCAGCCCUUCGCCCAUCUCCCCGGUCCUGGAGGGACCAACCAGGGUGCAAGGCCCCACAUCCCUGGUCUACCACAAGAUGAGCCUCUUGGCCGCGGCCGGGCUGUGGGGCCCGCCCGGGCUGCUCCUGACCUUCGCCCUGCACCCGGCUCUGUGCUUGCGCCCAGCCCCGACCUCGGGGCCCCCGCACCGGGACUACUGCGUCCUGGGCGCCGGGCCCGCGGGCCUACAGAUGGCCUACUUCCUGCAGCGGGCCGGGAGGGACUACGCGGUGUUUGAGCGCGCCCCGCGGCCCGGCAGCUUCUUCACGCGCUACCCACGCCACCGCAAGCUCAUCAGCAUCAACAAGCGGCACACGGGCAAGGCCAACGCCGAGUUCAACCUCCGCCACGACUGGAACUCUCUGCUCAGCCACGACCCCCGGCUGCUCUUCAGACACUACUCCAGCGCCUACUUCCCCGAUGCGGGCGACAUGGUGCGCUACCUGGAUGACUUCGCAGACAGGCUGGGGCUCCACGUGCUGUACAACACGACCAUUGCCCACGUCACUCUGAACAAGGAUCGGCAGGCCUGGAACGGCCAUUACUUCCUCCUGACGGACCAGAUGGGCCACGCACACCGGUGCAGCGUCCUUCUGGUAGCCACCGGUUUGUCGGUCCCCAACCAGGUUGACUUCCCGGGCUCCGAAUACACGGAGGGAUACGAGUCUGUGUCCGUGGACCCCAAGGACUUCGAGGGUCAGAAUGUGCUGAUCCUGGGGCGGGGGAACUCUGCCUUUGAGACCGCAGAGAACAUCUUGGGUGUCACCAACUUCAUCCACAUGCUGAGUCGCUCCCGCGUCCGGCUGUCCUGGGCCACCCACUAUGUUGGAGACCUCAGGGCCAUCAACAACGGCCUGCUGGACACCUACCAGCUGAAGUCCUUGGACGGGUUGCUGGAGUCCGACCUGACGGAUCUGGCCAUCGUGAAGGACCGUGAGGGCAAGUUCCGCGUCACCCUGAAGUUCUUCCUGGAGGAAGGCAACCAGAGCACCGACGCCAUCACCCUCCCCCAGGACGACAAUGACAACUUCGCCAUGCGCGUGGCCUACGACCGGGUCAUCCGCUGCCUGGGCUGGAACUUCGACUUCUCCAUUUUCGACAAGUCCCUCCGACUGUCUUCUGGGGGUGAGUUCAGCAAGAAGUACCCGCUGGUGAAAGCUAGCUAUGAGUCCAAAGGAAGCCGGGGUCUCUUUGUCCUGGGUACCGCCAGCCACUCGGUGGAUUACCGGAAAUCGGCCGGGGGCUUCAUUCAUGGAUUCCGAUACACAGCGCGUGCCGUCCACCGCCUGCUGGAGCAUCGCCACCACGGCGUCGCCUGGCCCUCCACUGAGCACCCCGUCUCACAGCUGACGAGCUCCAUCGUCCGGCGCAUCAACGAGGCUUCUGGGCUCUACCAGAUGUUCGGCGUGCUGGCCGAUGUCGUCCUGCUGAAGGAGAACGCCACGGCGUUUGAGUACCUGGAGGAGCUCCCCGUGCAGAUGCUGGCCCAGCUGGAGACCAUCACAGGAAGGAGGGCCAGGCACGGGCUCUUCGUCAUCAACAUGGAGUAUGGCAGAAAUUUCUCUGGGCCCGACAAGGACGUCUUCUUUCAUGACCGGUCCGUGGGGCACACGGAAGACGCGUGGCAGUCCAACUUCCUCCACCCCGUCAUCUACUACUAUAGGCACCUCCCCACCGAGCAGGAGGUGAGGUUCCGCCCUGCCGACUGGGCCCUGCCUCGGCCCACGGCCAUCCACCACAUCGUGGAAGAUUUCUUGACCGACUGGACCGCCCCGGUGGGGCACAUCUUACCUCUGAGGCGCUUCCUGGAGAACUGUUUGGACACCGAUCUGCGAAGCUUCUAUGCAGAGUCCUGCUUCCUGUUUGCCCUAACACACCAGAAGCUGCCUCCCUUCUGCCAGCAGGGGUACCUGAGAACGCAGGGGCUCGUGGGAACUGAGAGCCUCCGGCGGCACGGAGAGGAGCGCAGGUUCCCGCAGGGCUAUGCCACCGUGGGCAGGCGCCGCGAGGACGGAGCCCAGGGGCCCGAGGGUGGCCCCCUGGCCCCAGGGCCUCCGCUGCUCCAGCCCCACGACAGCAACAAGGAAGAGUUGUGACAGCCAGCCUCCUCCCACCCAGGCCCACAGCUGCGCCUCUGUCCCACCAUUGUGGUUGCCGAAGACCACUCAGAUUGUCACAGUGACCAAGAGAACACGCAGGGGGCAUGUCAAGGCUGAGGGAGGCCAGCCAGUGGUCUCCCCUCCGGUCCGGUGCCUGGGAGGCGGGGUCCAGAAAACAGCGUCCUCUCCCAGGCGGGGUCGCCGCCCACAGCCAGGCCCAUCCGCAAGUGGACUGUCCUCGAGCACCAGGCUGGCUCAGUUCUGUCCCCGUCAAGCACCCAGGGGUUCCAUUUCCUUCUGGUCUUCUCUUCAGAUGAACCAGGAUCCGCGUGCAGAUCGUGUCACAGGCGGAACUGUCCUCAUCUUCCUAAGGGUCUGUGGCAGGCACUUUAUAAAGCAGACGCUCUGUUGUCCUCAACCAUCUCAGGCAGGUGGGACUGUCACCCUUGAUGAAGAUAUCAGCCCAGAGAGGGUAGGUGACUCCCACGAGCCCCUGUCUGGGGUGGCCCUGAGGCCUCCACCCCGCCCACCUCACCACUGCCUCUCCCUGCCCCGGCCUCUGUUCCCAGAACCCAGGGGGGCCAGCCCAAUUUAUCAUCUUAGGCCCAGCCGCUGUCACCAGGCAGAGACGGGACAGCUCCUACCAAGCCACCUUAUCUAAACAGGUUUCUCCCUGAGCAGCUGUACUCAGAGCUGCGCCCGCCCCAAGACUGCACUCCCCGACUUAAUCUUCAGCCUCUGCGUUCUCUCCUCUUCCCUCCUGCUCGGCCCCGUGCCCUUGCCCUCCGGCGUCCCGAACAACGCUCUGCCUCUGGCCUGCCCGAGCACGUUUUGUAGAACUGUCACCAUGCUAUCUUUCAGAGAGGAUUCUUUCCGAGGUGAUUCACCUGCUGUUUGUACGGAGCCUGGCUCAGCAAGGAGGCAUUUCCACCUGCAUUUGUACAAUAACAACAAUGCGAUUACUUUCUGGUUCUCUUACCCCUUCUCGCUCCCUUCCUACACUCCUGUCAGGCAUUUUCGUCCCAUUUAGGAGUAGAUCAUGGAAAGGAAAGCAUUUGUACAUAAAAUAAUCAUGGGGAUUUUUCAAAGCUCAGGACCCUAAAUGAUUGCUUCUUCACUGGUUCUUACUGUCCACGUAUGUGUUCAGAAUUCAAGGGACACAGGCUUUCUGGAUCCAGGGCCCUUUUCUGGGAACAUCCUCUUCCUCCCUCAGCCUCCGCCCCCCCCGGGCCCGCUGCUUGUCUGCAGACCCCUCUCCCUCCAGUCGUGCAGUUACAGUAGUGACACUCGGCAGUGUCACUCAGUGACACGGAGCCUGGAGGGGAGGUACUUCCCUGGGACGAUACUUGGCAUCAUUUGUCCAGGGCUGAGCCAUCUAAGGAUCUCUCUCUGACCCCAGGGGGCUGGGUUCGCCAUAGUUCGUACAAAUUACAUGUAAACCAGAUAUGGGGCCCGUCAGCCUGGCCGCCCUUUUCCAAAACGUUUUGUAAACCAAAUCCUUGAAUUCAGACUGUCCCGUAAGGUCACACACAUCACACACCUAACCAGUUACCAACGGCGGCUAAGCUCCUUGUGCCAAUAAAAGUUCAAGGUGCUUCAACAAAUAA